AUGUGUGACAAAGGUUUUUCGAAUACUGAUUCCGCUAUACAGCGUCUAAAAGAGCACGCCAUGGAAAAACCGUAUGUUUGUGAAAAGACUGAAAAUAAAUAUUCAAAUUUUAGUGGUUUAAAAUCCAGAGUGAAGCGUCACGUCUGUGAAGUCUGUAGCAAGAGAUUUAAUAACUCGAGUCAAUUGAAAAUACAUUUAAAUGUGCAUACUACCACAGAAAGACAUCACAGUUGUGAAAUAUGCGAUAAAAGAUUCUCGAAUCAUCGGUAUUUAAAAACGCAUUUAAUAACGCAUAGAGAUAAAAAACCUCAUGUUUGUAAAAUUUGUGAUAAAGGGUUUUCUCAGAUCGGUACUUUAAACUCGCACCUGAAGUUACAUGCCGGGGAAAGGCCUCAUGUUUGUAAAGUUUGCGAUAAAUCUUUCGCUCAACUAUGCAAUUUAAAAUUACAUUUAAGAAUACACAGCCGCGAGAAACCAUAUAAUUGCGAUUUGUGUGCGAAAAGCUUUGUACACGCUAGUGCUUUAAAACGACAUGUAUCGACGCAUAUACCACAGCAUACCAGACAAAAGCCUUAUGUUUGUAAAGUGUGCCACAAGAAGUUUUUAGAAGAAAGAUAUUUAAAAACACAUUCUAGAAUACAUACCGGUAAAAAACCAUAUGCUUGCGAAAUUUGUGAUGCUAGAUUUUUAUAUGUCGAUUCUAUGAAAGUACAUUUAAGAACCCAUACUAAGGAAAAACCUUAUAUUUGUGAAGUUUGUGAUAAGAGAUACACCAGCAAAAGUAUCCUAAGUAGACAUUUAAGAACACACGCCGAAAGAAAGCCUUAUGUUUGUGAUGUGUGCAGUAAAGGUUUUGUAAUAAAAAGUGUUUUAGAAGAGCAUCUAAGAAUACAUUCCGGUGAAAAACCUUACAUAUGUCAAGUGUGCGACAAAUCUUUUAGGUUCAUUAACAAUUUUAAAUGUCACCAGAGGAAGAGAGCUGAAUGUGGUAUUUCUUUUAUUUGUGCGAUAUGUGAUAAAAGUUUUCCACAAAAAACAUGUCUAGAAGUACAUAUCAAAACACAUACUGAAAAAAAUAUUUAAGAUUGUAAAGUAUGGAUUAGAAGUUAAAACAAAAUUGGUCACUUGAUACAUGAAAAACAUAUGAGAUAAAAUUUGACAUUUACGAAAUGCAUUGUAGAAAUUUUGCAAUGAUGCAUAUGACUCGAUUAAUAUAACAAUAUUUGAAAAAAACCUCACAUUCAAUAAGUGUUUGUCUACGCUAAUUCCUAUUAAGCGCACACACUACAGAAAUAUGCAUGUAUUAAGACAAUUUGGAAGAGCAUUUUAUAAAAAUUUAACAGCAGAUAAAUAAAUGAAUAUAUAAAGUCGUAUAUAUAUUAUUGUAUAAUAUAAGCCAGAUCAGGGCCAGAGUAGUACUGGCUAUCUUGAUAAAAUUUAAAUGGGUCAACAUGAGAAGCAACAGCUUUAAAAAAAUUAAAAUCGGUUCACCUAGAAAGAAGUUGUGGGUAUAGGCAAAAAAGAAUCGAGAUUUUCCUAAUUUUUUAAGUAGAUUAAAACAAAAGAACCAUCACAAACUAAUAUCAAUAUUAAAUCGUAGAUAAAUACUUAAGGUGAGUCGUCUAUUAUCAAAGCCGGCAAUGUGACUUUCGGACAAUUAUUGGUAAAUCAGAAAAACGAAUUAUUGACUUUGUAUUCCAUUGGCAGUCACAAAACUCUUCGGAACGACAUCUUAGAUAAAUAACAGGUUAAGUAUUAACCUUUACUUAAUGCAGGUUUUGAACCGUAUUCUUUGAAGGAGACGAUUAUAUUCAAAUCAAUCUGUAUUGACAUAUCAAUAACAUUUUUUUGUUCAAAUGCACAGAUUGCCACCUUUGAUAAUAGACGACUCAGAUAGUUUAUUAAAAAUAAAACAUUAACAAAAAAAGGUAUUUUCUUUGUCAUAGCUUUUUUUUGUAUUGCUUAAAUGGGUGGACGAGAUGACAGCUCACCUGGUGUUAAGUGGUGACUGGAACAUAUAGACAUCUUUGACAUAAAUGCGCCACCCACCUUGAGAUAUAAGUUCUAAGGUCUCAGUAUAGUUACAACCUCCUACGAGGUCAGCGCGCGGGGUAUGUGGGACUCAACGAUCUGCAGGUGUUGAGAGCAAACCGCGGGCCCAAGGAAUUUAGGGCCCACCCACUAAACGACUCCCCUGCACUUUUACACCCGGCGUCCGAUGUCCGUCCGGGAUCAAAACCCGGUCAGAGUAGGGGGGUUCCCGCGGUCAACACUACAACCAGACACGCGGCGCCACCCCUAGGACGCCCGACCGACGGGUCGUCGAGGCGAUAGUCGACGACCAACGACGUCGGUCUCCGCGGUACGGCGGUCCUACCAGGCUGCCCGGGCGAAGGUGUUCCUGGAUACCCCGCUGGGCCAGAACCAGCCUGCCGUGUCGGAACGCGAUACACCGCCGACCGGGUUGCUCUUCCACAGUAUGUUCGGCGACGACAGUGACGACGAAAAUACGGACUGCAUCGCAGUCCGCAGCCGCCGAUGCGUCGUCCCGUCCUCCGGGUGCCAGCGCGCUAGAGUGACGGUAGCGUGCGGCGCAGUCUCAACCCCCUUAGGUCCGCGUCCCUUAAGUCCAUCCUUGUUGGACUGACCAGGAGGUAAUUGGUGGGGCUGGGGGAUCUGCACUGUCUCAGUGGCAUUCACGCCCCUCUCUCGCUUUUUGCGGCUUCUGCCAGGCCCCGCCUUCCCUCCAUUGAGUUCAAAUAUCAGGCAAAAACCGGAAGAUAAUUAUAUAAAAUGAAGAAAAACGUUAGAUACAGUACAAUUGUUAAAUAAAUCCUCAGAAAAAUAUCUAUUUUAAUACCGUUUCGAGACUAAUUUAAUAUCGUUUCGAUUUACUCGAUACCUUAAAUCGGUUUGUGGCGUUUAAGAACGCACCUUUUUAUGAUGCGUAAGCCGGAACGCACGAGAGGUGGGAAAAAGAAUAUAGUCUGUGACACUCAGAAAAUAUAUAGAACAGACACGGCUGUAUGGCCUUAUAUCCCCUUGCCUUUCCUACAAGGAAAAAUUGUACCAAAAAAAAAAGUCUGCGACACGGGACCUUUUUACCGCCGAAAAUUUAAAACGUAAAAAAUAAUUUAUGAUGUGUUUAAUAACUAAUGUAUUAUAAUUACUUAGAAUUGUUUAUGCCGCUACAACAAUAAAAUUUAUAUUGUUUCAACUGUGGUGUUAAUUAUAUAAAACAUGACUUUACGGCGAAAUAAAGAAGGAAUAUGAACUCCCUCAAAUUAUUAUUACCGAUUUCAUUUGACAUACGCAUAAAGUACCUAAUAGGCAGUACGGUAAUAGGUAUCAAGCUAUGAUAUAGAGCUGCUAUUUAGUAUUUAGUAUUAGGCACUAAGAGGAAAAACGUGGCGGUCGAUUUAAAUAUUUUUACUGUUUUUCGUUAAAAUAUUACCAAAACUUAUUUUAUAUAGUAUAUAUAUAUAUAUAGUGUAAAUAAUUGUACAUUUUGUUAAAUAAUAAAAUGAACGAACCGGAGGAUCCAGGUGGAACCCCGAAACGUUCCAAAAUUCUUCGUAAAAGAGGUUCGAAGGAAUGUGGACCUGAAGCAGGCGGCGGUGAGGAUGUCUUUAUUCCGUUUUUUAAGCCAGGUUAUCUGAGACUUUAUCCUGAACAUUGUACAAAUACAGACUUCAAAGUGUUUGUUGAAAGCCAGGACCAACAGGUUAAACUUGGAAAUAAAAGCCCAGUUUACUUGAAUCAUAUUUUUACUUCGGAAGUGAAAGGUGUAGUAGCUUUACAUAGAGUCAAUGCCAACAAAAUUGCAGUUGUUUUUAAGCAAUACAACACUGCAAAUAAUUUCAUCACAAAUACAGACUUUUUAACAAAGCACAACUUGAAGGCGCAUAUUCCUGCAGCGCAAAUAGAAAAAACUGGAAUCAUCCGAUAUGUGCCUACCAACAUUUCGAACAAGGACUUAUAUACAAAACUGUCUUCGAUCUAUGAAAUUAUUUCAGUGAGAAGAUUCACGAAAAAAGUCGGUCAAAGUACUGUAGGUCUUGAGACUGUUAGUAUAACUUUCCUAUCAAAUGUUCUGCCCGACAACAUCCAAUAUGACCUAUUUUCGUUCAGGGUGUUUGAAUAUGUCCCGCCGUUGCAGCAAUGCUUCCGGUGCUUCAAGUUCAACCACCCUGCGAAAAUUUGUAAUGGUAAACAACGUUGCUCGAUAUGUGCUGGGGAACAUAAUUUCAGAGACUGUGAUAAAAAAGAGAACUUGUGUUGUGUCAAUUGCAGUGGCCCUCACCUGGCCAUUUCCAAAUCUUGCCCAAUAAAAAUGAAAAAAAUACUUGAAAAGAAGGGUAACAUUACUUAUGCCUCUGUGGCUAAUACAAUUACGACAUCUGAUUUUCCAUCUUUACCUACACAGUCGAGCAGCAUUGUUAAGACCCUGCCAUCAAUAAACCAAAGUGUACAUAAAUUAAAUAAAAAUGUAAAAAUUGUAAAUAAUGUAAAUAAAACAGUGCCUGAACCCAACUUGAACCAAACUCAACUUAAGGCUCAAAUUGCAAACAAUAAGAAUAUUCUGAUGGCAAUGGUCCAAACUUUAGUUGAAUUGGGUAAUAAAACAGAUAAUGAACCGGUGACUACACUGUUCAUAAAAGACUUACUUUUAAAAAAUCUGUCACAUUAAUGGAUAGUACAGUACAGAACAUACAGCAGUUAUGUAUCGCUCAAUACAAUAUUCAAAGUAUACAUAGAAAAAAACCUUUAUUGUCUAAAUUUUUAGCUGAGCAAAAUGUUGAUAUCUGUCUACUCAAUGAAACUUGGCUGAAAGAUACUCAGCAUUUUAAAAUUUCGGGAUAUAAUUCCCACUAUCAUAAUGCUCAAAAUGAGCAUGGUGGAGUAGCAAUUUUGAUCAAACCGUAUUUUAAAUAUAAUAUUAUUCAAACCAGAUUUUACCAAGACAUUCAGACUGUGGCAUUAUCGUUAUAUGUAAGUGGUAACCACUUAACGAUUUUAUGUGUAUACUGUCCUCCCUCGAAUGGUAGCUUCAGAAUAAGUAAACUGCGUAAUAUAAUUAGAGAUUUGCCUAAGCCAAUAUAUGUGGCUGGAGAUUUCAACGCUCACCAUGUGGCAUUUGGGUGUAUGACCACGAAAAGUCGGGGUCAUCAGUUAUACGAUUUGAUUGAUGAAUUUGAUCUAUGUGUCCUUAACAAUGGUAGCUUCACUACUAUUAAUUAUCCUAACCGAAAUCCAUCGGCUAUUGAUGUCAGUUUUUGUAGUGCUCCAAUCACUCCACUAUGCGAAUGGUGGGUGCAUGAUGAUUCUAUGGGGAGCUAUCAUUUUCCUACGCUUACUCGUGUUUUAUUGUCCGUUGAUAGAUACCAAAUUAAUCCUCCCAUUGAAAAAUUCUUAUACAACAAGACAGACUGGACGAAAUACAAUGAGCUAUCUUUAACUGCUUUUUCUAACUUUGAAGUUAAUAAUGAGAAUCCAUUACAGUCAUAUGACGAAUUUAUCGAAAGGCUUGAUACACUUAAGAGGGAUACUGUGCCAAAGUUUGUCAAAGCAAAUAACUAUCGUUGCAAACCUCCAGCACCUUGGUGGAGUGACACAUGUGAACAGAGUGUUAUUAAAACUUAUGAAGCUUUAAAACUAUACAGAAGACAUCCAACCAUUGAUAAUUACAUUAAUUAUAAAAAACUUGAUGCUGUUAAGAAAAAGACUAUUUCAGAACAUAAACGCAAUGGUUGGGCGAACAUCUGUAAUACUUUUAACAGAACUACACCUGUUAGUAUUAUUUGGAAAUACAUCAAGUUAUUUAAACGAAUAAAAUGCAAUAAUAGAACAUAUAAAGACGAAUUUGUUGUCCCUCUCUUAGAAAAAUUAUCUCAGAAUGGAUGUAGGGUUAUUGAUAAUCUAGAAAGUUAUUUUCAAAUUAAUAAUAGUCUUCAAAAGUCCAGUUUUCUCAUAGAGCCCUUUACUUGGAGUGAGUUUUGUACAAGUUUACAAUCCAGACGAAACACAACCCCUGGUUUAGAUGAUUGUCCAUAUAUUUUAAUCAAAAACCUAAAUCAGUCCGUUCAAAAGAAACUAUUAGCUAAUCUUAAUGCUCUUUGGCACUUAAAAAAAAUUCCUGAAUCUUGGAAAACACAGUGUGUAAUCCCUCUACUUAAGCAUGACAAACCACCUGAAGACCCUAACUCAUAUCGUCCCAUAUCACUGUCAUCUUGUGUUGGAAAGCUUAAUGAAAACAUGAUAAAGAUGCGUCUUGAGUCUUAUGUAGAGGUGAACAACAUCAUUCCACAUGUUCAAUAUGGCUUCCGGAGAGGGCGAAGUUGUGCUGACAGCUUCAUCUCUCUCUUGUCAGAUCUGAAAUAUGCCAAUAAUAAUAAUAAGUCCAGUGUUUGUGUUUUUCUGGAUGUUCAAGGUGCGUUUGAUAAUGUAGACCCUGGCAUUUUGGUUCAAGUUCUUUCUGACACUGGUAUACCAGGCAUACUUUGCCAUUGGUUAUUUAAUUUUUUAACAGAUAGAACUUUGUAUAUAAGGCAUAAUAAUAUUCUCCAUGGUCCCAGAAAGGUCUCCAAAGGUACAAUGCAGGGGGCUACAUUAUCUCCACUGCUGUAUAAUAUAUAUACUAGUCAAAUUCUUAAUUUUGUAAAUAUAGAAGGUGUAAAUAUUUUACAAUUUGCAGAUGAUCUUGUAAUAUAUUGUACAGACCAUAAUGUAGAUAGAGCUGUAAAUAGUAUAAACAAUGCUCUAGAUCAAUUGUACAUAUAUUAUAAUGACAGGUUGGCUCUACAGAUUAACCCUAACAAAAGCAAGGCCAUGAUUUUUAGUAAAGAUUUUCCCUCUAAUGGCAUACUCUACAAUAAUCAUCCUAUUUCAGUUGUACCAAACCAUAAAUUCCUGGGUGUUGUCAUUGAUAACAAACUUUGUUUUAAUUUACACAUCAAUCACAUUAUAACUAACUCUCUUAAGGGCUUAAAUAUUAUAAGAUGUUUAGCUGGUGUGUCUUGGGGUGCAGACCCCAAUGUUUUAAGUAUGCUAUAUAAAUCUAUAGUCAGAAGCCACUUCGACUACAGUUGUUUAGCCUACUCAAAUAGUAGUUGUGUAAAAAAACUAGACAUAAUUCAAAACAAAGCUCUGCGAAUUAUUUCUGGGGCUAUGUGUUCAACUCCCAUACGAGCUAUGGAAGUUGAAACCAAAAUAAUGCCACUGUGUCUUAGAAGACUUUUGCUAAUAGAGAGAUAUUUACUAAAGCUGUUAUCUGGUAAUGAUAAUGUUCUCAAAAAAAUAGUACCUUUUCCUGUACAAUGCUCAGCCCAGCAGACUUCGGGAGGUGAGCUUUUACGAGGUUCUUUCCCAAUUCUGCCUCUCAUUGUACUGCAAAUGAAUGAAGAUUUUAAAAAUGUAAUUAAACAAUCAAAGUGGACAUGUUACUCAUACCCAUAUUCCUGUAUUAUAUUUGAGACCAAUAUUGUUACUAAAAAAUUUUUUAAUAAUAGUGAAUUGUUAAGUUUUCUUUCCAACAAUAACUACUAUACUUUGUAUACAGAUGGUAGUAAAAGUGAACUCUUUGUGCGCAGUGCUGUUUAUGAUCCCCAAUCUAAGUUUGGUCAAAGCUUUCUUCUGGACCCUAAAUGCAGUGUUUUCACUGCAGAGGUAUAUGCGGCCCUCGAAGCUCUGAAGAGGAUCGCACGUAUAAAUAGUUUUAAUAACUUUUUAAUUUUAACAGACAGUUUAAGUAUGGUCCAAAGUUUAACCAAUCUCAGAUUUGACUUUAAAAAAAACUAUAUUUUGUAUAAUAUUAAAAAAUUGUUAUUUAGUUAUGCACAAAAGGGUAUACAGGUCUCUUUCAUGUGGAUUCCAUCACAUAGGGACAUAACAGGAAAUGAGAUAGUAGAUAAAAUUGCACGUGAUGGAACCAACAUGUUGGAUGUUAGCUCCAUAGUAAAAGUACCUUUGACUGACUGUUAUCAAACUAUUGACAACCAGGUCAAUAAUUUAUGGGUCGAAUUUUGGAAACAAGACCAAGAACAGAAGGGUAAAUGGUAUGGAAAUGUUCAAACAAAUCUACCUGUAGCACCAUGGUAUAACAAACUGAAAAUGGCCAGUCGGGACUUUAUUACGAUUAUAAGCAGACUGCGUUUUGGUCACUCGACCGUCCCAGCCCACCUAGCUCGGUUGGGAAUAGUGGAGAGCAGCUAUUGCACCUUCUGCAAUGAUUCGGUUGGUGAUAUCGAACAUUUCAUAUUUAAAUGUGAGUGCUUUUCGUUUGACAGAUUGAUUCUUGUCAGUGAAAUUAGUGACAUAGUGCAAAAUCAAGUGACAGUGCAAGAUCCCUCCCGCCGCCUGAGUGAUAUGUUAAAAAAUAGAUCCUAUUACGUGCCUCUAUAUAAAUUCAUCAAAAAUACAGUGGGGAAAUUAUAAUAAACUGAAUAAAAAUACUUAAGACUUGGCCUAAAGGUCUAGAUACCAGGCCAUAAACUCCAAAAAAAAAAAAAAAAAUAGGCACUAAGAGAAAAUAAAUUUAUAGAUAUCAUGCAUGUGUGAUAAGAUAACAGAUAAUUUAAAAAUGCAUCUAACAGAUCGAAAAAGACCUUAUAUUUGUGAAGUGUGUGAUAAACGUUUUACAGAAUAUAGCAAUUUAAAAAUACAUCGCAGAAAACAUACAGAAGGAAAACCUUACGUAUGUGAAGUAUGUCAAAAGAGAUUUUCCGAUGCGAAUAAUUUAAAAACGCAUUUAUUAACACAUACCGGAGAGAAACCUCAUAUUUGCGAAAUGUGCAAUAAGAGUUUUAUACACACGGGCGAUUUAAAAAGACAUUUAAGAACACAUACUGGAGAAAGACCCUAUGUGUGUGAAGUUUGUGAUAAAAGAUUUUCAGAUGCAAGUAAUUUGAAAAGACACUUUAGAACGCAUACCGGAGAAAAAUCUUAUGUUUGUAAAGUUUGUGAUAAAAGUUUUGCGUGUAGGAGUACCUUGGAGAGACAUCAAAAAACUCAUACCGGAGAAAAACCUUUUAAUUGUGAGACGUGUGAUAAAACUUUUGCUCACACCGGUGAACUCAAAAGACAUGUUAGGACACAUACCGGCGAAAAGCCUUAUUGUUGUGAGCUUUGCGAUAAAAGCUUUGCACGGAAAAAUACCUUGGAUGUACACCUACGAACGCAUACUGAUGAAAAACCAUAUGUUUGUGAAGUGUGCGAUAAGAGACUUGCGUUUGCUAGUAAUUUGAAAACCCAUUUAAGGACCCACACCGGCGAAAAACCUUAUUCUUGUGAAGUGUGUGAUAAAGGCUUUGCCCACACGGGUGACUUAAAAAGACAUAUGAUAACACAUACCAGAGAAAAGCCUUAUGGUUGUAAACGAUGUGAUAAAAGUUUUACAAACCAGAGUGCCUUAGACAGACAUCUGAGAAUACAUACUGCAGAAAAAUCUUAUGUUUGUGAAGUGUGCGAUAAGAUAUUUUUAGAUCCUAGCGAUUUGAAAAAGCAUUUAAGGACACAUAACAAAGAAAAACCUUAUGUUUGUAAAGUUUGCGAUAAGAAGUUUUCCGUUGCUCGAUAUCUUAAAACGCAUUUAAGGAUACACACCAGAGAAAAACUGUAUGUUUGUGAAGUGUGCGAUAAAAAAUUCUCUGUUGGUCGUUACUUGAAGAUGCACCAAAGGACUCAUAGCGGAGAAAUACCAUUUGUAUGCGAAGUCGUGAUGUCUGUAGGUACCAAUAACCACUGAACGCCAGAUAGGCGCUAUCUGUCUGCCCGUCCAAGGCCAUAAAAAUUCACACAAAUAUUUAGGAAAUAAAUAGUAUAAAAACUAUUUACAGAGACGAUUCUGAAAAGAAGUUGUGCUUACACUUAACUUGGUGAAUGAGAAAGAAGUGAAACUUCUUUUACGGUGUGUAGUAUUGUGGUUUUCUUCAUUGUUCAUCCUUAAAAUCAAAUUUCUCUUGUAACAGGAAGAGCUGUGAAUAAGAGAAAUGACCUAUUUUUUUUAUUGCCUUUAUAGGCAGACGAUCAAAGGCCCACCUGAUGGUAAGUGGUUACCGUCGCCCAUGAACUUCAGCAAUGCCAGGGGCAGAGCCAAGCCGCUGCCUACCGCUUAAUACUCUCCACAAGCCUCGUUUGAAGAAGGACAUGUCAUAUCGCUCGGGAAACACCGUGGAGGGGAGCUCAUUCCAUAGCCGGAUGGUACGUGGCAAAAAAGAUCUCUGGAAACGCACUGUGGAUGACCGCAGUGGCUCCAGGUAGUAUGGAUGAACUCUACUCCGGUGGCGGGCGGUGCGAUGGUAAAAACAAGAUGCUGGUAUCAUCUCGAACAAUUCCUCAGAGCACUCCCCAUGGAACAUACGGUAAAAUUAAAAUUGACUUAAAUUUCAAAAAGUUUCUUCAUUACUUUGAAUAGGUAGUAGGUAGGAAUAGACUCUUAUCAAUUUCUGCCAGUCUUAGAUAUUGUUCAAUACAAGUCAACAUAUUAUAUUGUUACAAUAAUGCAUCUUGAAUAUGUAUUAAGAAAAAAAUGAAUGAAUUUAAAAGAACA